AUGGCGGAUGACGCGCGCCCUCCCUUCCGCCCGCUCCGUAGUUUCGUCGGUUGAGGCAACUAACUGCCACUCGUCUCGAAUGAUUUCACCUUGCAAUGAAUGAAUAUUGUUAUAGAUAGCCCGUGUACAAAUUAUUCACAUAAGAAACUCGUCGGCGGGACUAAUAAGCGGUGUUUACAGUGGUCUAUUAGUGUAUCCGUGGUGACAGUGCUACCUAUUUACUUAUUUCACCUUUUUGUGCGACCGUUGUGUUUACGUGCUGAAAACACUGUCUUUUGUGGAAAAUUGUGUUAACCGGCUUUAUAAUUUCACGUUUAAUGGGAUCUUGUUGAUCAACAGGUGUAGAAGGUCGGCAAAAUGCCGGAGGGUGUGGCCAAAGAGGCCAAGGACGAGGCCAAAAGCAAGCCUAAGGAGGAGAAGCGGCCGCAUCCCGGCAACAUCGCCAAGGUCAAGGUCGAACUGCUCGAUGGGUCCACCUUAAACUUCGAUGUGGACAAAAAGAUCCGCGGCUACGACCUCCUGAACACGGUGUGCGACAAAUUGAACCUGGUUGAGAAGGACUACUUCGGGCUGCUGUACGAGGACCGUGGCGAUCCGCGCGUUUGGAUCGACCUCGACAAGCGGGUGUCGAAACUGCUGAAACGUAAGCGGGAGCCAUGGGAAGUGAGGUUUGCAGUGAAAUUCUACCCCCCUGAGCCAGCGCAGUUGCAGGAGGAGCUGACACGGUACCAGCUUGUUCUGGCCGUCAGGAAGGAUUUGCUUGAAGGUCGACUGCCAUGUUCGACCGUCACGCACGCGCUGCUCGCCAGCUACCUGCUGCAGUCCGAGCUUGGAGACUACGAGGAAUCGGAAGCGGCCGCGGGACACUGCAAGCAGUUGAAACUGGUCCCGCCGUCCGCCUGCACGCCGGAACUCGAGGAGAAGGUCGCAGAGUUGCACAAGACACACAGAGGCCAAACACCAGCGGAAGCGGAGCUGAAUUACCUGGAGAACGCCAAGAAACUGGCCAUGUACGGUGUGGACCUCCACCCGGCCAAGGACUCCGAGAAUGUGGACAUCACGCUCGGUGUCUGCUCCUCCGGUUUACUGGUGCACAGAGAGAAAUUACGCAUCAACCGCUUCGCGUGGCCGAAGAUCCUGAAGAUCAGCUACAAGCGGCACAACUUCUACGUGAAACUCCGACCAGGCGAGUUCGAGCAGUUCGAGUCGACGGUCGGCUUCAAGCUGGCCAACCACCGCGCCGCCAAAAAGCUGUGGAAGACUUGCGUCGAACACCACACCUUCUUCAGGCUGACGUCGCCGGAGCCGGCGGCGCGCGGCGCGCUGUUCCCGCGGCUGGGCUCGCGGUUCCGGUACAGCGGCCGCACGCACUACGAGUCACGCGCCGCGCCGCCGCAGCGCGCGCCGCCGCACUUCGCGCGCACGCUCUCGCACAGGAAGAUCUCCUCGCGCAGCAUGGACGGUCUGGCAGCCGCCGACAAGGAUGAGCUGAUGCCGCCCGAGGCUGCCAAGCGGCACACCAUGCCGCCGCAGCCGGCGCCGCGACCCGCUGGUAUCAAAGACAAGAAACCUCCACCCGGCGCUGUGAAAGUGAUGCCUACAGGUCCCCUGGACAAGAAGGAAGAUAAGAAACUCGCCGAACAGAGAAAGCCUGCAGAAAAUGGAACUGAUACAUCGAGCGAUCCAGGCAUCACAAAUAACGUUGAAACCACACCCAAGAAGGGCAAGGGAGGUUUUGGACUAUUCGGUGGUAAAAAAGAAAAAUCUCCUAAAGAAGAGAAGUCCCCGAAGAUUAAAACAAAAUCACCCAAAGAUAAAGAUAAGAAAAUUAAAGAUCCGAAAGCAAAGGCUGUGCUCGACUCAUCCGCAAACAGCUCUAAUCUGGAUACAUCACCUGAUACAAGUCCCGUUAAAUCUGAACAAGAAAAACCAGGUUUUACUAAGCCUUACGAAUAUACAGAUACAGAAAAGAGUCCAACACGUACUAAACCAUUUAUCCAAGGUGCGUUUAGUUACGAAAAGGAACCCAUUACAGAAGAGAAACAAAGAGAACUUGAUGCUCAAAGUCCUACCACAAGGAAAGCUGGUCUUGCUUUUAAUUACGCGCCGGGUGAAGAAAAGAAGGUAGCAGAAAGCGCCGAGAAACGAAAAACGCCUGAUGAUCUAAGUGCAUUGAAAACCCCUGGCAUUGACUAUGUACAAUCUGCAGCUUUGAAAGAACAAGCCAAAGCUCCUAAGAAUCUUAUAGACCCAACUCUUGCAUUAUUGGAUUCUGAAAGGGCUCAUCAUGAGGCUCCAUUGGCUGCUGUAGUCGCUGUGCCUAUUGCUGCUAAACCUGAAAACGAAGUGCAAGUCGUUAUAAUAACUGGUAGAUACAACCCUAAGACCAAAAAGUUAGAUGAUGCUAAUGGUACUGUCCUUGUUACAAAAGGAACUUUAAAUAAAUCUAAUGGCAAGAUUCAGACAGAAAAAGAAUUAAUAAAUACUAAAUCGGGACAGGUUAGCUAUACUGACCCUGUAACAGGAAAACAGGAGAUUAAAAAUGGUCACGUAGAUUCUAAAUCAGGUCAUAUACUUUUUACUUCUGGAGUAAUAGAUCCCAAAACUGGAAAAUUAGAUCCAACACUGGCACAACAAUAUUGUUUCGUCGAGAAAGCUACCGAUAAAGUGGGAGCGAAGCCGGGUAGGGAGGUGGAUUUGGUAGUUAUUACUGGAAAAUAUGAUGGCAAGCACAAGAAAUUAGACGCGUCCCAUGGUCAUGUUGAUGUAUCAAGGGCGGUUGUUGGGUCUGAUGGUGUAGUCAGUUCCAAUUACGGCACCAUUAAUCCUAAAACUGGAAAGAUUGACUACAUUGAUCCAAAGACUGGAAAACAAGAUCCUAAGCAAGCUUAUGUUGACAAUAAAACUGGGAAUCUUCUUGUUACUACUGGCGUUCUCGAUCCUAAGUCUGGUAAAGUAGAUUCGUCAUUAGGCCAACAGUUCAGCAUAAUUGAGAAAGAUGCUACUAAAGCAAACAGAGAAGUUCGCCUUGUUGUUGUUACAAGCAAGUAUGAUUUAAAGAACAAGAAACUGGAUCCGUCAUUUGCUCAUGUAGAUUCAGUUAAAGGAGUACUAAGUGGGUCUGAUGGUAAAAUUUACACAGAAUAUGGUAUCAUUGACCCUAGAACUGGCGAAAUACAGGUCACUGAUCCUAAGACUGGAAAACAGGAAAUUAAACAAGCUCAAGUAGAUCCUAAAACUGGAAAUAUUUUACUCCUAUCUGGUGUUAUUGAUCCAAGAACAGACCAGUUGGAUACGUCUAUGGGUCAACAGUACAGUAUUGUAGAUAAGCCUGUCGAUACAUUCGCUUCACUGCCAGGAAAAGAAGUUCAAUUGGUGGCUAUUACAGCUAAAUAUGAUUCAAAGAACAAAAAACUAGAAAAUACUAAUGGAUUCGUUGAGACUUCGCGUGCUAUAAUCAGUGACAAAGAUGGUACAGUACACACGAAUUUUGGAGUUUUGGAUCCUAAUUCUGGUAAAGUUUACUUUACUGAUCCUAAAUCCGGUAAACGAGAUUCAAAACAAGCUACAAUAGAUGCAAAGACAGGAAGCUUUUUACUUACAUCUGGUGUUAUUGACCCUAAGUCUGGCAAGACCGAUUCUUCUCUUGCUCAACAGUUGACUGUAGUCGAUAAAGAUGCUCCAAAAGGCAUUCCGGAAAGAUACGUUAAUCUAGUUAUAGUUACAUCCAAAUAUGAUCCUAAGAAUAAGAAAUUGGAUCUUUCGAACGCCGUUGUCGAUUCUAUUCCUGGAAAAAUUGAUGCUGAUGAUAAAGUUCACUCAGAUUUCGGUGUAAUCGAUCCUAGCACUGGUGAAAUAAUUGUCACAGAUCCCUUGACUGGUAAACAAGAUGUAAAGAAAGCUUCUGUGGACCCGAAGACUGGUAACUUAUUGUUAACGUCUGGCGUAGUUGACCCGCAUACAGGACAAGUGGAUUCAAGCUUUGGCCAACAAAUAACAGUUGUAAACAAACCAAAAGACAAAUUUGCCUCUGUCCCAGGAAAAGAAGUACAGCUCGUUGUAAUAACAGGUAAAUAUGAUUCUAAAAAUAGAAGGUUAGACAAUCCAAAUGGCCAUGUAGAAACAUCGCGUGGUAUCAUUGCUGUUGAUGGCAAAGUCCACACUAACUUUGGAGUUAUUGAUCCAAAAACUGGAAAGAUUGAACAUGUGGAUCCGAAAUCAGGAAAGCAGGAAAUCAAACAAGCGAUAGCUGAUCCCAAAACUGGAUGCUUGUUACUUGCCACAGGCGUAGUAGAUCCGAAAACAGGAAAAACAGAUUCUUCUCUUGCUCAACAAUACGCAAUAGUAGACAAGGAUGCCCGAAGAAGCAUUCCAGAAAAAUCUGUGAAUUUAGUUAUUAUUACAUCUAAAUAUGAUCCUAAGCAUAAGAAAUUAGAUCCGUCUAACGUACACGUGGACACAUUACCUGGUAAAAUUGAAAACGAUAGUAAGAUACAUACAGAGUUUGGCGUUGUAGAUCCACGCACUGGUGAUAUAAUUGUGACAGAUUCUGCUACUGGUAGACAAGAAGUUAAGAAAGCUGUAGUAGAUCCUAAAACUGGUAAUUUACUACUUACAUCUGGCGUUAUGGAUCCUGCUACGCGGCAAAUCGAUCCCUCUCUUGGUCAACAGAUAAGUGUAGUACAAGAGCCUAAAGAAAAAUUCGCAACAGUACAAGGGAAACCGGUACAAUUGGUAAUAAUUACAAGUAAAUAUGAUCCUAAAACUAAGAAAUUGGAUAAUCCUAAUGGCCAUAUUGAGACGUCUCGGGGAAUCAUUGCUGCCGAUGGUAAAAUUCAUACAAACAUCGGUGUUAUUGAUCCAAAGACAGGAAAAAUUGAGCAAGUUGAUCCUAAAACAGGUAAAACUGAGAUCAAACAAGCUAUUACGGAUCCCAAAACUGGAUCUUUGUAUGUAACAACGGGUGUUAUUGACCCGAAAACUGGUAAGCCUGAUUCAUCUUUAGCUCAGCAAUUAAAUGUUGUAGAUAAAACUUCUCGGCCGGGUAUUCCUGAACGUCACGUAAAUUUAGUCAUUGUAACAUACAAAUACGAUCCAAAAACCAAAAAAAUGGAUCUGUCUAAUGCUCAUGUUGAUUCGAUUCCGGCUAGAAUUGGAAAUGAUGAGAAAGUGUAUACUGAAUUCGGUGUUGUGGAUCCAUACACAGGAGACAUCGUCAUCACAGAUUCAGUUACUGGGAAACAAGAAAUUAAGAAAUCUACAGUUGAUCCCAAAACUGGGAACCUAUUCCUUACGUCAGGAGUCGUUGAUCCACAAACUGGACAAGUUGAUCCUACAUUAGCACAACAAAUAAGUGUUGUAGAGAAUCCGUUAGAUACAUUUACUUCCGUACCAGGGAAAGAAGUACAAUUGGUUGUAAUCACAAGUAAAUAUGAUUCUAAAAAUAAGAGAUUGGAUAAUCCUAAUGGACGUGUAGAAACAUCAAGAGGUAUUGUUGCAUCGGAUGGUCGAGUUUAUACUAACUUUGGAAUUAUUGAUCCGAAAACCGGUAGAAUUGAGCAGAUUGAUCCCAAGACUGCUAAACCAGAGAUAAAACAAGCCAUCACAGACCCUAAGACAGGUCAUUUGAUUCUAAGUGGUGUAUACGAUUCAAAGACUGGAAAACCUGAUUCAUCACUCGCCCAACAAUUUAGUAUUAUUGAAAGGGAUACUAAACCAGUACAAAGGGAGAUUCAUCUUGUUAUUAUAACUACUAAAUACGACCCAAGGACGAAGAAACUCGAUCUGACUCAAGGACAUGUAGAUACCGUUACUGGUACUCUUGGUCCAGAUGGUAAAAUCCGUACUGCAGUUGGCAUUGUUGAUCCUGCCUCUGGCGAGAUUGUUGUUACAGAUCCAAAGACUGGAAGACAAGAGGUUAAGAAAGCUCAGCUCGAUCCUUCUACGGGCCAUAUGAUUGUUAGUCAUCAAGUGGUCGAUCCUAAGACUGGAAAAGUAGAUCCUACUUUAGUACAGCAAUACAAUAUCGUAAAUAAGCCCGUCGUACCGCAUACCAAACCAAUUUCAAAGGGCGAAGUGCGUUUAGUAAUUGUCACAAGCAGAUAUGAUCCAUACACAAAGACAGUAGAUGCUGCAUCUGGAACAAUAGACGCGUCCAAAGGUUAUGUUAGCGCUGAAGAUGGCAAAAUACAUACAGAUUUCGGUAUAAUUGAUCCGAGAUCUGGUCAAAUUUUGUAUAGGGACCCUGUAACCGGAAAGCAAGAAUUGAAACAAGCAGAAAUCGAUCCAAAAACUGGUAAUUUGAUUGUGACUUCUGCAAUAGUUGAUCCCAAGACAGGCAAGGUCGAUCCUACAUAUGCUCAACAGUUGAUAAUAGUUGAUAAACAAAAUGUGUUAUCAAGCGUUGCACCAGUAGGGCAGAGAGUCAGUAUCUCACCUGUAAGACAAAUUCCAUCGCCUGUAAAGACUCCCACCCACACACCCGUUCAGACACCACUGCAAUCACCAGUGCGGACAUCUUCGCCUAUUAUCUCAAGUCUCGGUCAAAAAGCUUCACCUAUUACUACAGUCCAACGAGCAAGUCCUGUUAAGCCAACAUCAGCGCCUCCUGAACCUCCUAAGAGAAAGAUCGUCAAAAUCAUGGUCAUCUUUACUAAAGUCGAUCCAAAAACUAAGAAACCAGAUCUGAAUACAGCUGAAGUAGAACAUUUAACCGGAAUCUUAGAUCCGAACGGUCUCAUUGAAACUAAGUACGGUGUUAUAGAUUCAAAUAAAGGACACAUCGUAAUAACUGACACUGCAGGACAAAAAGUAACUAAAGAUGGAACUGUUUUGCCUGAAACUGGACAAAUAUUCAUUCCAUCUGGUGCUGUUGACCCGAAAACAGGAAAAGUCGACUCUAAUUUAGGUAUGAUCUUGAGUGUUGCUAAACAAGAUGAUCCAGUUGUUGAGAUUACAACAAUAACAGGACCCAUUGAUCCGAGAACAGGCAAAGUUGACAUUGAAGUAGGUACAGUUGAACAUACAAAAGGCAAGGUGGAUGCUGAAACAGGACAUAUUUCUACAAAAUAUGGUGUUAUUGAUCCAUCAAAUGGAGUUAUAUUUGUGACUGAUACAUCAGGAGCCCAAGACACAAAACCGGCUAACAUUGAUGAAAACAAUGGACAAAUUACAAUUACUGGAGUGGUAGACCCCAAAACUGGCAGGUUGGAUCCUAAACUUGGUCAAGUUAUUAUUGUCGGUACACAUAUUGAUCCAGUAGUUGAAGUAACGACUUUCGUCGGUAAAGUCGAUUCUAAGAAGGGUAUUAUUGAACCUAAACAUUCUGUAAUCGAAAGUUCUACUGGCCAAUUUAAUCCUGAUAAUAACAAAAUUGAUACUAAAUAUGGUCAAAUUGAUCUCGUCAAAGGCACUGUGACCUACAAUGAUCCUAAGACUGGUAAAUUUGAAAGCAAAGAACUGAAAGUAGACCCUAUUACUGGACAGUUCUUACUUCGAAGUGGACAAAUUAAUCCUAAAUCCGGCAAACCAGAUAAAGAUGUUGGUAGACUUAUUUGUUUAAGAAUAAUUCAGAAUAAAGUUGAUCCUGUCUCUGGAAAACAAAUUGUUUCUAAUGAUCCUAAGAAUGUUAAAGUCGAUCCCAAGACUAACCAAAUUUGGAUCGCUGGUCCUAAAGACCCACACACUAACGAAGUUUUAUAUACAGCUGGUCAAGUUGAUCCCAUAACAGGCUACAUUAUCACAAUCUAUGGUCGUUUAGAUCCUAAAACAGGCACCAUUGUUAGAACUACAGAUAUCGACAAGUCUCUUAUCAAAGUUGAUCCAGUUAAUGGACAAAUUUACACUGCAACUGGCGAAGUUGAUGAAAAUAAUCAGCCUCUAUAUUCUGCUUCACAAGUCGAUCCUGGUACUGGAGAGAUUUACACCAAAAUUGGUAAAAUCGAUCCGAGAACCGGAAGGUUAGUUAUUAUUAAAAUUUAUGUGAUCACUCAGAAGGACGAUAAAGGACGCGUUAAAGAAGUAGAUCCUAAAGAAUGCACAAUAGAUGAAACAACAGGCAGAAUAAUUACUACAAAGACAGUAUACUUGUAUCAGAUCGUUGAUCCAAUAACUGGGGAAACUAUUGACGUGGAUCCAGAUGAUCCAAGACUGAAAGGCGCCCGGACAACGGUUACUCAAACGAUGACAUUAUCUGGCAAAAUCGAUCCGGUCACCGGCAGGAUAAAAACAGAAUACGGAGACAUAGAUCCGGAUACAGGUGAUAUAGACCCGAGCACAGCCGUCAGGGAUCCUGUCACGGGACAGUUAAUAUUACAUUAUUCACAAAUCGAUCCAUCUCACUUCGAAGAUAAGAGUGGGAACUACACAAUCGAGAAAGAGACGCAAGAUCUGCCUGCGAACAUUGACAUCCAGACAGUAAACACUCAUAAGUUUUCGACGUUUGGAAAGGACGAGAGUCCCGCCCGCGGCGAUGAGCCCAAGAGCUUCACCGAGUACACGACAAGCGAGCACAUAAAACACCAGGGAUACGUAUCUUCCACUCCUCUGUCCUCAAAGAUCCCGAUUUCGCAGCGAAGCAAGAAAACACCCACACCCCCAGUGGUGGUGAAGACCACGACCAAGCAGCUGCUAACGAAGAACGACGAGGGUGUCACCCAUAACGUUGAGCAGGAGGUCGAGAACCUCGGCACCGGGGAGGUGACGUUCUCCACUCACACGAAUAAGGCGGAAAGCUUAGAGCCGAUGGAAGGCAAGAGUCCGUACGUGACGGCCAGGGCUGUCACCACGCGGACGGCGACCACGCACCACGACCUCGACACCAAGGCGAAGACACAGCAAAUGGAGGAGAAAACUGUGGCGCACACGCUAACGUCGUCCGCGACAAGGCAGGAGCAGCGGGUUCUGACUCAGCAAGUCAAAACUAUGGUUACGACCGGCGAUCAGCGUACUAGACGCGGUUCAGAAAGCUCUCUGAGCAGCGGAGAUUCUGGUACACCGAUCGAUUUCGAAGAGGGCGCUGGCGAAGGUCAUUACUACCUCACUGAGCCGGGCACAUAUAGGACCACGACAACGUCGACGGUGAUGGGCAACGCGCCGUUCGGCAGCAUGGUGCACGGAGCCACCACCAGGACAAGUACGGGCCCCCUGCCAACUGAAGAGACAGUGGAGACGACCAACGCUGAGGGCGAGGUGGUCUCCUCGCAGACCAUCAGCUCUAAGACGCGCACGGUCGAGACCAUCACCUACAAGACGGAGCGUAACGGCGUGGUGGAGACGCGCGUGGAACAGAAGAUCACCAUACAGUCGGACGGCGACCCCAUCGACCACGACAGGGCGCUCGCGGAAGCUAUACAGGAGGCCACAGCGAUGAACCCCGAUAUGACAGUGGAGAAAAUAGAAAUCCAACAGCAGAGCACGCAACCGUAACGCGGCUCCGCCAUCUUGAGACCGCGCCUCGACAAAAUGGCGUCCACGGUAACACGGCAUUCUGAUAUCUUGGUCUCUUUCACUCCACACCCGAGCGAAAGGGAGCCGAGGUAGUUUUAUAAGCAACUUGUAUGUAUAUGAGCUACAUACACAAACUAGUUGUAAGCGAAACCACUGCGAAUAUUAAUUAAGUUAUUUAAUUAAACAUUUAUUAAUUGAUAAAUGAGGUUAAUUACAUUUGAUGUUGUGACGUCGAAACGCACCUACGAUUAUUUUAUGAAAUGUUAAGUAUUUUUUAUGUAAAGAAAAUAUUAUUAAGACGACAUUAAUAAAGCAUUUGCAAAUUUUUUAAAUAAACCUAGACUUAAGCAUAUUUCCCAUACACAAUGGCUUUUAGCAAAUAAUGUUGCCAUAGUUAAAAAUGUUCGUGUAAAAGGUAUAAUGUUUCAUUAUAAACAAUGUUUUGUCUAUGGGAUAGCUUUAAACUGUCACACGAGGUAGACCACCGUUUUAGAUUAAAAAGAAAAAAAAAACAAUUGUUUCCCCCUAUUUAUUAUAUUAUUACAAUCUGUAAUCAUUACAAUGUAACACGGGACUAAUGAAGAAAAGUUUAUUGCUCGACGCUUACUUUGCAUGCUUUGUGAAAAAAAAAACAAGUAGUAUAUUGUAUUCUACAAAUGCUAGCUGCAUUUUGUUAUUUAUAAAUUUUUAAUAAAAAAAAAUAUAACCGUUCUAUUUUUAAAUUCUCAACUUUUUUACUUGCUAAUUGGAAGCAAAGACAAAAGUAACGUCGGGCCGUGUUGAAACAUCUAUAAAUACCUAUAUGAUUUGUUGCUAAACUAUAUAUUCACCAUUUAGGUGCUACUUAGGGUAUAGUUACGUGUAUUAGUGCCGUUAAUGUAACAAACGUGGCUUCAGCUAGUAGGUGAAACGGUCUCAAUCAUGUGUUUUUAUUUUUUUAACUUUAACUUUAAAUCUAAAUCCCAGUUCGGUAGUAUCUUUAUUAAAAUACUAUUUAUGUUAUCGUAAUAAAAAUAUUUAUAUUAUGAUUCUAUUUUCCUGUGUGCCUUUUCGAAUUAUUGAUAAAAAUAAUCAUUGCAUGUUAUAAAAAUUGGAUUGUAAUUGUAAAAAAAAAAAUAUAUAUUUGCUUAGUUAUUGUAUUCGGACACGAAAACGACAAUAUAUGUACGAAUGUAUUGUGUGUACACAGUUUGUCGUUGGUUAAGAAGUGUCGUUUGAUCGAUGAUCUGGGCCGUUUUCUACAGCUAAGCAUCGCUUACUCGAUCGAUGUUAGCAUAGAGUCAUCCGCCACGCAACCACUGGCACUGCGACAACAUGAUCGACGUACGAAUAUAAUCACUAUAUAGAAAUAACAGUGCAACGCUCAAGUCCGCCAUUUUGUAAUCGUGAUCCAACAAAAUGGCGUUCUAUAUUUUGUUCAGUAUCAGCGCCAUCUAGCGUAUAAUAACGUAAAGGCAACGCUUUGGUCUCACCAAUAGAUGGCGUUAAAUAUGCGAUGUGUACAGUACAUUCGAGCGGUCAAGUGUUUUAUUCGUACGUCGCGUGAUCACACUGAAUUUAUUUAAUGUAAUCAUUGCAUCACCAUUUUUUUUUUUAUCUAAACAGGACAUUCCAAAUUGCUAGAGCGUUUCUAGUACUAAACCAUGACACAAAGUGUUUAAUUUUACGUUCAAUGUUUAAGGUUUUACAGUUAAUUUAUAGUUUUUCUUUGCGGGCCUAUAAUGUGCCACUCAAUACGGUAACAUCUGAUCGGUCCUCAACAUCUGUUUAUAAUUCUCUAAUAAUCAGAUUUAUGCUCAAAUUGACUGAUCUAUCACAAAAAUCUUGCAAUUGGGGUUCAGAAUCACCUUUUUUUUCUAUAUGCCACGUUUCAAGGCGUCGAGAUAGGCACUAGUCUUGAGUUAUUUUUUACAAUCCAUCAGUCUUCCUCUGUUAGUAUUAUUUAUUUUGUUUAUUAUGACAACAGUCUGUCGUGACGGUUUGACAGUAAUAUUCAAAUUCAAUCGUAAUUGUUCUUUUGUUAUUGAAAAAGUUUUAAAACGGACUUUUUUUUUUUUACAAUUAUAUAUUUCCAUAACGAUAUAAUAAUUGGGAUAACUGUACGAAGAUGACGAUGAUGAUGAAACAUUUCUGAAAUUAGUUUCAAAUUUUGAAAUAUUUUCAAAAAUUCUAAACGACCUUAUUACAGGACUACUCUCUAAGUAAGAAAACUCUCCCAAAAGCAUUUGAAAGAAAAAACAUGACGAAAAUAACACGUAAUUUUUUUUGAAGGCGCUUUUGAACUAUGUAGUAAACAGUACAGUCGUAAAGAAAAGUAUUGUGUACGAUAAAAUUGUGUACCUUGGGUACCUCUGUCCCAUUCGUGUUUCCACCGUGAAGCAGCUGUGUUUGCAUGGCUGUGUUUCGGUUUGAAGGGUGGAAUAUGGCGUGAAUUUACUGGUUACAGAGGAAUAACACCCGAGUCCUCAGGAAUUGCAACGCAUGGGAGGUACGAAUGACGAAUGUAUGGACACGCCAUGUCCGCCGUAUCUCCUAAAUAAACAGCCAUUAUAGUCCGCAAAGAGAAAUAUUGUUUGCAGGUUAAAUUGAUACUGAUAUUGUACAAUUAUUAUUAAUAUAUUUCUUACACGCUAGCUGUAAUUUUUUUUUUUUUAUAAAUAGAUUAUAAGUUUAUAUUUUGACGUUAUUGACACUGAUUUAAAAUCAGAUUUUAUCUGUAUGUUUGUAUUUUUUUUUUUUAUAUAAAUUUGACAAUUUUAUUGCGUGUAGCAAGUGUAGUUAUUUGCAAAUAUGUCAUAAACAUGUUGGCACUAUUGUCGAGACAGGAAUAUUAAUUGGGAAUGGAUGUAACUAGUGUUGUAUUGUAUUAUAAUGUACCAGGAUGGCAUAUUUGUGGAUAUUUAAUUAGUUUGCGAUGUACAGUCGGACGCAAAAAUGUCUGUUGUAUGCAGGGUGUUUUUUUUUUUUUUUCCAAACAGAUGUUUUUUUCUGUUUCAUCUAUCUUUUAAGUGAAUAGUUUAUAUUCACACAUUCAUAUUUAUUACACUUUUGUACUACAUUUGAGUAGUGUUUUUUAAUUACAUAUUAAAAACGAAUACUGUAGCUUUUGUUUAUGUUAUUGUAUAAAUAAUGAAUCCUUUAGGUUAAAAUAAUAUUAUAAAAUCAGAACAGUUUUCUGUCCGACUGUACGUCGCCCUUCUGCGUUGUUCCACGUCCCGUAUUUAUUGAAGAUGUUUAUUUUUCUAGACGUAUGUACGUAUGUCUCAAUCUUUUCUAUUUAACAAGAGUUAUCUGGAGACUCCAAUAAAAUGCUUUGUUUCAAAUAUAA